UGCCUACACACUGAUGGAUGUGCCUCUAAGAGCCCCAACAAGGAUGACAGUGCAAGAUGUUCCUGGUGCCUUUCCUACAGUGGAUGUCCCAGACCAUGCUCAUUAUACAAUUGGAGUAGUCGUUCUUAUAGUGGGGAUCACAGGAACUCUGGGUAAUUUCCUGGUCAUCUAUGCUUUCUGCAGGAGUAGGAGCCUUCAGACUCCAGCCAACGUAUUCAUCAUCAAUCUAAAUGUUAGUGACUUCCUGAUGUCCAUUACACAGUCUCCAGUUUUUUUCACCAACAGCCUCCACAAAAGAUGGAUUUUUGGUGAGAAAGGCUGUGAGCUGUAUGCCUUCUGCGGAGCUCUUUUUGGCAUUACAUCCAUGAUCACUUUGAUGGUGAUUGCCUUGGACAGAUAUUUUGUCAUCACAAAACCUCUGGCUUCUGUUGGUGUGACAUCUAAGAAGAAGGCCCUAAUAAUCCUGGUAGGCGUCUGGCUGUACUCACUGGCUUGGAGCCUCCCGCCCUUCUUUGGAUGGAGUGCAUAUGUCCCUGAGGGUCUGCUGACUUCCUGCUCCUGGGACUACACAACUUUCACACCGUCAGUCCGUGCCUACACAAUGCUGCUUUUCUGCUUCGUCUUUUUCAUCCCUUUGAUUGCUAUCAUAUACAGCUAUGUCUUUAUAUUUGAGGCUAUCAAGAAGGCCAACAAGUCUAUUCAGACAUUUGGAUCCAAACAUGGAAAUAAAGAGUUCCAGAAACAGUAUCAGAGGAUGAAAAAUGAGUGGAAGAUGGCCAAAAUUGCACUCAUUGUCAUCUUGCUUUAUGUCAUUUCCUGGUCACCGUACUCUGUUGUUGCCCUGGUAGCUUUUGCUGGGUAUUCCCAUGUCCUAACACCCUUCAGUAACUCCAUACCAGCUGUGAUUGCCAAAGCUUCUGUCAUCCACAACCCUAUCAUUUAUGCCAUCACUCACCCCAAAUACAGAACAGCCAUUGCAACAUAUGUUCCUUGCUUUCGAUUCCUGAUGAGACUUUCUCCUAAAGACUCAAGGUCUUUCAGCAGUUAUCUCUCCUCCAGGCGAGCAACAAUAACAAGCCAGUCUUCUGAGGUAAGCGGCCACUGGAAAGGAAAAAGGUGACUCUCUGACAGUGAUUCAAUAAGGGAGGGCUGUACAGACACAGAAACGGAUACCGCCAGCAUGUUCUCCAGACUUGCUAGCGGACAGGUGUCCUAUGAAACAGGCAAAGACACAACUCAAACUAGUGACGUAAGAGCCAAACCUAAACUAAAGAGCCAAGACUCUGGAAUAGGUGAGAAGACACUUGUAGAUGCUGAUGACAUACCCAUGGUGGAAUUGAAUGUCACAGACUACACUCCUACACCUACUCACCAAACAUCUAAAAAGUGCAACUUGGAAGAAACAUGUCAUAGAGGUGAGAGCAUGAAUGUUAUUGGACAAAGAAAAGGAGAGCCUCUCCACAGAUCAUCUGCAGCCCAGAUACCCAGCAUUACAAUAACAUACACCAAUGUCCAAGGAGAGGAGCUACCUUCUGGAUACAACUCUGGUUUCCUGUACUCUAAGAUCAACAGACAGAAGCAGAAAUAG